GACGCUGAUGAGUUGCAUUUUAAAGACAGACCGUGUCCUGCACGACGAUGAUGAUGAUAUCCGUGGUGGUCAUACUGGUCUUCUGCUCCUUCCAUCUGGCUUCACAAGGUAUAGUGGUGCAAUCAAACACCAUCAGGUCACAUGACAUGAACACAGCAAACAGAACAGAAAGCACUAAUACAAUUUCAAACAGGAAUUAUGUUGGAAAAUAGUUUCCCAUAAAAUUUUCUGCAUUUGUAAAGUAUUUUGAAAGUUAUCUGUGAAUCUGCACUAGUUGAAAUUAAAUUUGGUUGCAUUAGUCUAUUAGGUUACAAUUUGUUGAUGACGAUUUCCUCGAAGGCCUUACCUGGCUACACUAAGGCAGAUGAUGAGCCUAUUCAUUCAGUUCACCCCAGUCUACUCAUAUGAAUGUCAGUCCCAGAUCCCACAGUCACACCAGUACCCUAAUACACCCUGUUCCAUGUUGUAGCCCUAUUCAAGGCCUGACAUUCCUGCAUAGUAGCAGUAGUAAUAACAACAUUCUGUUCAUUAUUAUUAUUAUUUUUCUUCAAAAAGAGUCUCACUCCUUAACUCUGUCAGCAACAUUUAUAUCUGGAGAGACACAGUUCCCUGGGUUUAUAGUAGUUAUGAAGAUCAACGACAUCCCUGUGGAAUACUAUGAUGGCAACAUCGAGAAGAUAGUCUCUCGGAGAUACUGGAGAUCGGAUAACACCAUAGAGCAAUAUGAUCUCAAGAAGUACAUAGUUCAUGACUUUUAUAGUUACAUGACAUCUUUUUCUGAUGUCAUGAAGCGGCGCUCAAAUCACACUCAAGGAGUCCACGUGUCUCAGGAAUUUGUGGCAUGCGAUCUAGAAGAUGACAGGCUGAGUCGAUUAAUUUUACUGUAUGCUUAUGAUGGAGAGGAACAAGCCAAAUAUGACAUCCUUCACAAAGAACGUAAAUCCAUUGUGCCAGAAUUCCUUUGGAACCAGAGUGUAUUGGAUGCCAUGCAAAGCUUGUUCUCAAAGCUAUACCAGCCACUGUGUGUCUCGAUAUUGAGGAGUUAUCUGCAGCAGGACAAGAAUAUUCUACUGAGGAGAGUACACCCCAAAGUCAGGGUGAUGAAGAAAGCUCACCCAGGUUCUGGGAGGACAGAAGUGACCUGCCUGGCCACAGGCUUCUACCCUCCAUGCAUCAAUAUGACCCUGCUGAGAGAUGGUCAACCAAUCCCAGACCGGGAGGUGACGGCAGGAACUGUGCUACCCAAUGGAGAUGGGACCUAUCAGCAGAGGAGGAGCCUCAGGGUCAGUGACGAGGAGCUGAAACGCCAGUAUACCUGCACUGUCACACACCUGAGUCCAGAAAACAAGCUGACCGUGAACCUGGAGGCUGGGCCAGACUCCGCGACGCUCUGGCCGAUUAUCAUCCCUGUUCUGUUUGGGAUUAUAAUUAUCAUUGCAGUCGUAGUCGUCUGCUGGAGACGAAGAGUUGCUAAGCAGGGGGCAAUCUAACGUGUGAGACACAAAGACCAGUGCACAGUUGAUUUAAGUGGCUUAUGUAUAGUUAAUUGUGUCGUUAUAUCGCACAGGAUCAAGGCUGGAUUUAAUUUCCCAUUUCAACAGGGGGAAUUACUUUUAAGGUGCUGACUUUGUUAGACAAAUAACUAAAUUAAAAACCAGGCUGGGUAAAAUGAAAUACUGGGAAAGUCAGCAAAUGCUGUCCGACGGGCCUGAAAGAGGCUUCUGUUUUUAGUUUUUGUUUAAAAAAUGUAAGAUGGUAUCACACAGCCAUCUGAUGUAGACGACAAUUUAUAAAUAUUAUUUAAAAAAUAAGUCAGUCUCAAAGAAAACUUCAAUUUCAUGGUUCUGUAAAACUAUACUGACCCCUAUUGAGCACUGUUGGAAAAACUGGCCCAUGCAUGAAACUAACUGGCAGAGCCUGAUGUGCUGUAUCUCAGUAGUGUAUUCAGAUACUGUUGAGAAUAACAGCAGUAUACUUGUCCUCAGAUUGGUCAGUAAAAUAUAUAUUAAUCAGUUUCCUGGGAUCAGACAAAAUAGGUCAGAAAUAACGGCACUAAUGGAGAUAAUAGAAGAUGAGAUGGUGGAGUGGACAUCAUUACGUCUUAGAAGGAAAAUGCAUUGCCUUGUUUUUAUUGCAAAGGCUUUAAUGGGCAAAUUGGGGUUCAUGCCCAACAGUACAUAUGUAGUUUGCUGACAUUCCACACUAAUACAUACAGAACCCAUUCAUCAGUUAAACUUCUCCUUCAGCCUCCCACCACACGCACAGAACUGAGGAAAUCCACCUUUUGUUCUUAUGCACCACAUGAGUGGAACACAUUACAAGAUAUAUUGAAUUUAAACUCCUCGCCUUCUCUGAAUGUGUUUAAAAAUCUCAAACUCUGAGCUUGACGGCUUUUGACAAGGGCUGCACCAUGUAUCGUUUCAGCAUCUUCAUGCGCAAUAAUCACAUUGCAUUUGUCCGCACUGCUUUGUGUCUGUUGAAAACUCACAGCAACAUCACUGACUUAUUUGACACACUCUAUUGGUAGAUAAGUUCUGUUUGGCUGUAGUUUACUUUGGGUAAAUUCACCCCCUUUUUUGUAGAAUAAAUACAACUUAAUGUUUCCAGUUCCUUUUGAAGGUCACUUGAUACCAUCCUAUGAUUCA